GAUAUCUCCUAUAUCACCUCUCUCCUCGAUGCAAAUCCAACACUGUACCUUGACGAAAUUCAAGAACGUCUUUUUGAAUCUCGCGAUAUUGAUGUUUCACUUGCUACACUGUCCCGCACACUUAGACGACUUGAAUUUUCUUGCAAAAGCCUUGCAAAGACUGCAUUUGAGCGUGACGAGUUGCUUCGUGCAACAUGGCAAGCCGAGUAUGGAGAUAUUCCGAAGGACCAUUUUGUAUGGAUUGAUGAAUCUUCGGUUGAUGACCGCACAAAUCAACGAGUCAAUGGC